AACUCUGUUCGUUUCAUGUUGGAAGUAUAUGGAAAAAUUAAACUGAGCUCAAACUUAGAUUAGCAUUGGAGAAAACGAGCAUCACAGUCUCUCUGACUCCGUUGACACCGAAGUGAUAAGAAGUCCUGCAACUAAAUAUUAACUACGUUUACACGGAAAUAAGAGAGCGUGUAAAUAAAGACCCGCCCGUUUUAUUGCAUUGCAAUGCUACCAACCUGAUCUGUCCCACCAAUUUCUAUCCUUUACAUUCUGAAGGGUUCUUCAUAAGCCCGGUGUCAUCGUAACAAACAACACUGUGUGGACUGUGGUGGUGUAGUGCACGGUGCGUAUUGUGAGCUUCUAUCGAAAAGCUCGUUUCCGUAAUAAGUGCUCUCAAGAAUCCGAAAAUAGAGAGUGUCAAAUAAAUGAUUUUGAAGUCAAAGACCGACCAUGGCUACAAGAAAUUUGACAGAACCUUUCAUUCUCAUGAGAAACAAUGCACUUCAAAGCAAACACAUAUACGCCGAACAGAAUCUGUCGGAUCGUAUGGCAUUGGUUAGUGGAGAAAAUGCAGCAUCGGAUAACGUGGAGCUUAAAGGAAUAAACUUGGGAGAUUCAGAACCUCCUGUUUGGAUAGACGCAUUAGAAGAAACUCAGUACAUUCUUAGCCGCUUACGAACCAAGCUCGAUACUUUAACGGAGCUUCAUGCAAAACAACUUACAAGGCCGACAUUGGACGACACAUCUCAGGAAGAACGGCAGAUGGAAAAACUGACACGGGAAAUAGGACGAGCUUUCUCCAAUGGUUAUCGCCAAGUACAGACGAUCAAAUCUUCGGCAAGACACGAGACAAGAGCAGCGGAACGUCAGUUGGGCAUGAGCGCUGUUUUAGCUCUUUCGUCAGCCCUGCAAGACUUGAGCAUUCUGUAUAGAACGGCGCAGAGCAAUUACCUGCAACAAAUGAAUUCUCGUGAGGAGAGAAAUAGACAAUUUUUCACGGACAAUGGAAACCUCAUGCUAAGUGCGGAUACGGAUUCUUGGCUGACCGAACCUUCCUUCAGCCAAAGCGAUGAAAACUUUUGGCAAAGCGGAGCGCAAACACAAAAAUCUGUACUCUUACAAAUCGAAGAGACUGAGGAAGCCACGAGACAAGCUAUGGAACGAGAGCAAGAGGUUGGCCAUAUUGUUAGAAGUAUAUCGGACCUCAAUCAUAUUUUCAAGGAUCUAGCUACAAUGGUGCACGAUCAGGGCAGCAUACUUGACCGUAUCGAUUACAAUAUCGAGCAGACUCAGGGUCAAGUACAAGAAGGUUAUAAGCAACUUAAAAAAGCCGAUUCAUACCAAAAAACCAGUAGAAAAAUGUACUGCAUCCUAAUACUUGCAGCAUCAAUAAUAUUUCUUAGUUUUUUAUUUAUUGUUUUCAAAACUUAACGGCGAGAGUCCAAAUUCCUUGGAACUUCCUUACAUUCGAUUGAUUUAAUACUACUACGGAGAAUACAAGACGAAAAAAUAAUCAUGAAUAUUUAAGAAAAAUUUGGCCAAGUGAUUAGUCUUGGAUCGUAAAUUAACGUUCGGCGACCUAAUUUAAAUAAAACGUUAACACAAAUCAUCACAUGUGAUUUGUUCGAUGAAUUGUAAAAUCUACAUCACUGUUAGGCUAAAACUGGUGUCACGACGCUUACAAUGCGCGCAAUUGCAUUCGUCGCAAUUCGCCCACAAGCCUCUGACAUUAGAAAAUCGACUAGCUAGAAUAUCUGUUUGAAACUGUGUUCUUGAAAUUAUUAUGUAUGUAUCAAAUUAAUGUUUACCGUUUAAUGUACAAUUGUUGAAUGAUUAUAAAUUAUAAUGACUCGAUUCUCAA